ACUCGCGAGACGAAGGAGCUGCCGGUUCGAGGGGCGAUCUUGGCCGUUUACCGCGUAGCGUCGCGCUCUCGGCGAUCGAGAGCAAGCAUAAGUCGCGUUAUAUUUAAACUUAGUAAGAGUAAGGAAACCGAGCGUUGGGAACGGAAGAAGAGGAAUCAAUUCGAAGCCUUCCGCGAUGCAGGGAGACGGUCGCUGGAGCGAUCGAGGACCUUUCCCGCCCCUGCACCUUUCCACCCUCGCGAGGCUUGCCCCUUCCCCGGGCCCCAUCGACGAUGCCACCACUCUCAGAACGCUGGAAUGCCGGCACUAUCCCGAGCGGGACGAGUUCAGUGGUUUCCAAGAGUCGAGCAGACGACGCGAAACGGGGGAGAGGCGAGAGAGAGCCGCGGUUCCGACGGAAUCGGAAUCGAGAACGGUAGAGGAGCGCCAUCUGGAUCGUCGUUUCGAUCGAUCGAAUCGCGGGAGUCGAGAGCACAGGGCGGGAAGCAAAAGAAACGAAAGAAACGGGGAGCAGAUAAGGCGAAAAUUGGGAGACCCGGAGGAGAACGUACGCCGUCGGACCCGAAAUCGGGAGCCGCGGGUGCGAUUAGCAAGAUCGAUACGAAACUGCGAACCGGGAGAAUUGCUGCGCGUUUACGAGCUGGCCGAAAGAGACGCGAGGGAGAAGACUGAGAAGUGUAAAAACAAAGGAGAAGGAAACGACUCGUCGAGGGGGGGAGCGAGAGAGAGAGAGAGAAAAGAGAAAAAAAAAAGCGAAGAAACGCGUGCGAGAGGCUAACGUUCGAAAAACCACGGUUGGCGAGGAGAAAGAGAGGAGCGGAGAUUAGAGGAAAACAGAGGGAACGAGUAUUCGCGCGAGACGCUCGAAGGCUGGCGAGCGAGGCGGUGUUGUGCAGAGGUUAUAGGCAACGUGGCGGGCCAGGAGUUGCACUGGCGAGAGAGAACACGAAGAGGAGAGAACCCGUGGACACGGACGAGGCUCGAGAGCGUGGCGUGGUGAAGCGAGAGCGGCUGUGAGGCGCCCUGAGCUGGAAAGAAACGAGAGAGAGAGCUCGAAGCAUAGGCAGCAGCGAAGAUCAGAGCGAGGCGAGCCGACCCGGAGAGAGAGAGCCAUUCAUCUUGGCGCGCCUAGGCGGCGCGCGAUUGGUCCACCGCGGAUAAGGGAGCGGCGCGAUUGGUCGGCUCUGUUUACCAGCUGGUACCCCGGCGCGGCGCGCUCGAGGAUCGGAGAAGAGAGGGGGGAACAGAACGGAGAGACAAGCGGCGCCAUUAUUGUAAGGGGUUACAUUUAGCUGGCCGUGGGUUGUAGUACGCGGCGUUCGGGAUAGGGGGCUAUAGUACCUUCAUGCAUGGCCCAUAAAGGAUUCGUCGACUAUCCGAGAAGUACGCAAGAAACGGCUUCUAACACCUGACAGGGGCCACGCUCUUCUCUUCUCUUCUCUCUCCGCGUGCCGUCGCCUCGUUCGCCGUCGCAGCCCAAUUUCCUUCGCUGGGACCACUGCGUUGGAUCAGCUGGGUGGGCCCGAGGAACGACGAAAGACCCGCUGCUUUAUCGCCGUGCGUCGUCGCCCCGAUGUGGAAGGAAUCGUAAUUACCAUAAAGGAAUCGUAACGAGAGCCCCGGUCCGGUGGAUUCUCGGGAGCCGAACGACGCGAUGCUCUGAGAGACUCGACCACAGACGAACGUUCCGCGGUGUGUCGUCCGCCGUCCGCCGUCGCGAGCCGUCGCGGUGCCUCGCGGACCAUCAUCAUAUCCCUCGCGUCCGCUCUCGGGUUCCUGUGAUAAUGUGUCAAGUUGCGUAAGUGGCGAUCGAAAUAGUGGGGGUCAAAGGUAAACGGAUAACCGAAGGGAAAGGCCCAGGAGACGGGACAUUGUGAAAGAAGGGUGCGGAAAAAGAGCUCGGGGGAGUCGGUGUUGUCGGGAUCGGACGAGUAAAAAACCCCGGUGCGAACGGUGAGUGCGCGAAAGAUGAGGCAGCAGCUGGCGCGCUCGCCAGCGGCACGGUGUCGGUGUUGAGACACUCGACCCGGUCUCCGUGUCCGGGCGUGUCAUCGGCAUCGAGGCACCGAGAGAUCGGCAACCGGUGACAGCCGAUAUGAGUUCGAAAUUCAUAAUCGAUAGUAUGCUACCUAAGUACCAUCAGCAGUUCCAUCAUCAACAGUUGUUCACGAGCGCGAACCCAGGCACGAUCCAAGCGUGCACCACGAGCCCCGCCACCGCCAGUUUAGAGUCCAGUUUAUCCGCGGCUGCGGUCGCGGCCGCGGCAGUGAAUUACGCGCAACAGCACAAUUCUCCGAGCCCUACCGGCUCCAGUCCCCAGCACUCGGGCAGCUCAGCGUCUACCUCACCGGCGGCACGCACCACCUCUAGCAUGUAUCCGUACGUAUCGGCGGCGGCGGCGCAUCAUCAUCAUCAACAGCAGCAAGCGGUCGCGGCGGCGGCCUUCGGUGCCACGUCCAGCAUGGUGCCGGGGUUCGGUUCCACCGCGGCCUCGAGCGCCGCGUUGGCCGCGGCCGCGGCCGUCGACGCCGCAACCGCCGGCGACAAGUCAUGCCGCUACACCGCCAGCCUCGCUGGAAACGUCGCUCCAUCCUCCGCGGACCCGAUGGUCAACUACACCCUCAGCCAUCAUCACCAGAACGGCGCCACACCGGGCAGUUUGGUAUCCUCCGCAUCCGCAUCAUCCGCCGUCUCAGCGGCGUCCGCCUCCAUGGCUGCCGCCGCGCAAUUCUAUCAUCAGGCCGCCGCCGCGUCGGCCGUCGUCGAUCCCUUGACGUCCUGCCAACAACCCACCACCGGACAGCCCGGCAUUUCGGACAUACCGCGGUACCCGUGGAUGUCCAUCACCGAUUGGAUGAGCCCCUUCGACAGAGUCGUGUGCGUUGUCCAGGACCCGUACGAAACGCAUGGGCCGAACGGCUGUCCGAGGCGUAGGGGUCGGCAGACCUACACGCGGUUCCAGACCCUGGAGCUGGAGAAGGAGUUCCACUUCAACCACUACCUGACGCGACGGCGGCGAAUAGAGAUCGCCCACGCCCUGUGCCUGACGGAACGGCAGAUCAAGAUCUGGUUCCAGAACCGGCGGAUGAAGCUGAAGAAGGAGCUGAGGGCAGUGAAGGAGAUCAACGAGCAGGCCAGGCGGGAACGCGAGGAGCAGGACAUGAUGAAGAAGCAGCAGGCGGAGAAGCAGGCGAAGAUGCAGCAGGACCAGCAGAGCGCCGCCCUCCAGCAUCAGCAGCAGCAUCACGUCACCGGGCUGGACAAGACGCAGAGCGAUCUUCUGAAGGCGGUCAGUAAGGUGCCCACAUAGGAGACUUUGCUGGGCCGGUUGUCUUUCUUUUAAAGAAGAAACGAGAGACUGGACGCGGCGGGCAUCGACGCGAAGCGGUAAGGGUCCGCCAAUCCGUGGAGGACCUCAACGAAAGAAGCCGUGCUCCUCUUCUUCCUCUUCUCGAGCCGACCCAGGACACCGCGGGGACUCCCCGUGGUCUUUCACGAACGAGGAGAACGGCGUUUUCGCGUAGGAGGCAUCGCCGAGUGAUCUCUGUUCUCUUUUAUCCGUUUUGCACCGGGGGUGAAAAGAAAACGGGAAGAAACUUUCCGCGCGGUUUGGGAGAAGGACUCUGGGGUACAGUGAACACGAUAAGGGUAACAAAGGGAGGAGGAGGCGAGGACGGCGAGGGAAACGCGUGGCCGCGCGUCGCACGGUGUCUCCCGUAGCUCGUCCGUCUCUUUCGUCUUUUUCUUUUGUUUUUUGUUUCUCUGAAGGAAGGAACAAAGGGGAGAAGAGCAAAAAGAAAAGAACAAAAUGCACGGAAACGCAAGUAAUCGUAUAGACCGUUAGACAACCCGUAGUAGAAACGCGAAGCGUAGAAGAAAAAAAGCGAUGCACACCCUCGAAACUACGUACUUAUUUGGCUGGGCCAAAGGAGGACCUAGCCUGCGACUGAUUCCUAGAACCUAUAAUGUAUAAUUGUUUAAUCGGGCGCUGCGCGACGAGUCAUCGCGAUUGCCGGCCGACCAGCGACACCAACCAACAAACAAAACAACAAACAACCAAGACGAGCAGUUGGCGACCACGAUAAAAACUGCCAGGCACACGCGAGAAGAACCGACGGCCUAGAAUUAGUUUAAACGAGCGGAAGCAGAAGGAUUACAACGACCCCCCCGGGCCUGUCGCGCGAGUUGUUUACGGCAGUCGCCGACGGGACGAUCAAUUAAUAACGACGGAGAAGAGCAAUUAAAGCGAGGCUGUCGAAGAAUUCGUCUA